AUGGCUCUUGAAAUCCUACAUAUUGAUCCUUAUUUAAAGCCAUAUGAAAGCAUUUUACGCCGAAGAUAUGAUAUAUCUCAGAAGUUUCUUAGACAUUUUGAAGAAUCUGAAGGGUUAGACAUGUUUACAAGAAGUUAUGAACGAAUGGGAUUAAAUGUACAACCUAAUGGGGAUAUUAUAUACCGUGAAUGGGCUCCAAAUGCAAUUUUUGCGAGUCUUGUUGGAGAUUUCAAUUCGUGGGAUACGCAACUACAUCCUAUGUCGAAGAAUUCAUACGGUGUUUUUGAAAUAAUUGUACCAGCAGUAGAUGGAAAGGCUGCAAUUCUUCACGGAUCUCGUGUAAAAAUAUUUAUGAUAACAACAAAAGGUGAAAGAAUAUAUAGAAUUCCUGCUUGGAUUAGACGGGCAACACAAGAUCUUUCAGUAAGUUCAAUUUAUGAUGGGAUUUUUUGGAACCCAUCUCCUUAUAUAUUUCGUAAUAGUCGGCCACCUCCUCCGAAUGCACUGCGGAUUUAUGAAGUUCAUAUUGGUAUUAGCACAAACGAAAGUCGUAUAGGAACAUAUUCUGAAUUCAUACAAAAUGUUUUACCACGUAUUCGUUACCUUGGUUAUAAUACACUGCAACUUAUGGCUAUCAUGGAACAUCCAUAUUAUGCUUCUUUUGGCUAUCAAGUUACUAAUUUUUUCAGUGUUUCAAGUCGUUAUGGAACUCCAGAAGAGUUAAAAGAAUUAAUUGAUGCGGCCCAUGGUAUGGGUAUUACAGUUUUGCUUGACAUUGUUCAUUCACAUGCUUGUAAAAAUGUUGAAGAUGGAAUUAAUAUGUUCGAUGGGACUGAUCAUUUGUAUUUUCAUGGGGGUAAAAAAGGCAUUCAUGAGUUAUGGGAUAGUAGACUUUUUAAUUAUGGAAACUAUGAGGUGUUACGUUUUCUGCUUUCAAAUUUACGUUUUUAUAUGGAAGAGUUUUGUUUUGAUGGAUUUAGAUUCGACGGUGUAACAAGCAUAAUGUAUACCCAUCAUGGAAUUGGUGUUAGCUUUUCUGGAAAUUAUGAUGAAUAUUUUGGUCCUGAUGCUGAUGAUGAAGGAAUUGUAUAUUUAAUUUUGGCAAACGAAAUUCUUCAUAGAUUUUAUCCAUCAUGUAUUACAAUUGCUGAAGAUGUUUCCGGUAUGCCCGGACUAUGUAUACCUAUGUCUAUGGGGGGCAUUGGUUUUGAUUAUCGUUUAGCAAUGGCUUUACCUGAUAUGUGGAUCGAUCUUUUAAAAAAUAAAAAAGACGAAGAUUGGGAUAUGGGCAAUAUAUGUUAUACACUAACAAACCGAAGAUAUAUGGAAAAAUCUAUUUCAUAUGCAGAAUCUCAUGAUCAAUCACUUGUAGGCGAUAAAACAUUAGCAUUUUGGUUGAUGGACAAAGAAAUGUAUACUCAUAUGAGUCAUCUUUGUGAAAUGACACCUAUUAUUGAACGCGGGAUUUCAUUACAUAAAAUGAUAAGAUUGAUUACGCAUAGUUUGGGCGGUGAAGGAUAUUUAUGUUUCGAAGGAAAUGAGUUUGGUCAUCCUGAAUGGCUAGAUUUCCCUCGAGCAGGUAACAAUAAUAGUUUUCAUUAUGCAAGGAGACAAUGGCAUCUUGUCGAUGAUGAUUUAUUACGUUAUAAAUGUUUAAAUGAGUUUGAUAGAGCAUUGCAGCAUUUAGAGGAAAAAUAUCGAUGGCUUAAUUCACCUCAGGCAUAUAUUUCUUUAAAAAAUGAAUAUGAUAAAGUUAUUGUAUACGAAAGAGCUGGUCUUUUAUUUAUAUUCAAUUUUCAUCCAUACAAAAGUUUUCCUGAUUACCUCAUAGGUGUAGAUGUCGCUGGAACCUAUCAUAUUAUUUUAUAUACUGAUACUAAAGAAUUUGGUGGUGUAAAACAUAUUAAUCAAACUGUUCACUAUAAAACGAAUGAUUUUCCAUGGAACAACAGGAAGAAUUCUAUAAAAUGUUAUAUUCCUACACGAACUGCUAUUGUAAUGGCAUUAAUAUAA